CAUCCGAAAAGUGGCGGCGAGAUCUGGUCCUGUCUGUAGCCACAGUGCAGUCUUCAUCAGAUUUCAGACUGGGAGCUUUCUCGGCCCUGCGCCCUGGGUCAGCGCAGCAUCUCCCGCGUAAGCUUGGAGUGGGGCGGAGAGCUGGCUCCCCUCCUCAGCUCGCUCCCCUCGGGCAGGCCGGGUGUCUGGCGCCGGGAGCGCGGGAGGAGGGCGUGGGGGGCGGGCCAGUCGGCCGGGCUGCCCUCCCCGCAGUGACGUCCCAGGGGGCGGAGGGGCGAAGGACUGGCUCCGCGCUCUUCCCGCCUCCUCCGGGUGCCGGGUGUCGGGUCCGUCGGUCCUCGGGAGAUGCCGCUGUCGUCCGCGGUUAGAGUUGCGGAGCACGCCGCUGCGAGUCCGCGCACUCCUCCGCCGUAGCACCACGGUCUCGGAAGACGCACUGGAGCCCGGCCAUGCAGCCGGGAGCGGCGCUGCAGGCGGUGCUGCUGGCAGUGCUGCUAGCGGGCCCGCCGGGCGCGACGGGUCGCCUGCUAAGCGCCUCGGACACGGACCUCAGAGGGCAGCCGGUCUGUCGCGGAGGAACACGGAGACCCUGUUAUGAAGUCAUUUACUUCCAGGAGUCUUCUCAAAGACUGAACUUUGAGGAAGCUGGAGCAGCCUGCGGGAGGGAUGGGGGCCAGCUCGUCAGCAUCGAGUCUGAAGAUGAACAGAGACUGAUAGAAAAGUUCAUUGAAAACCUCCAUGCUUCGGAUGGCGAUUUCUGGAUUGGGCUCAGGAGGUCGGAAGAGAAACAGAGCAACAGCACUGCCUGCCAGGACCUUUAUGCCUGGACCGAUGGCAGCACAGCGACAUUUAGCAUGACGCCAGCAAUAUGGUGGACCGGUGUGAUUUUUUGCAAGAUAUCCGGGCAGUCUCUCUUCACGUCACAUUUUGACAGAGGGAACUGGUAUGCGGAUGAGCCUUCCUGUGGCAGCGAGGUCUGCGUGGUCAUGUACCAUCAGCCAUCAGCACCCGCCGGCAUCGGGGGCCGCUACAUGUUCCAGUGGAACGACGAUCGAUGCACCAUGAAGAACAAUUUCAUCUGCAAAUAUUCCGAGGAGAAACCAACAGCUCCUCCUACAAGGCCUGGAGGUGAAACAACAGAGCCAGCAACACCCAGACUUCCAGAAGACACAGAGAAAGAAGAGGCCACAGGAACAUUGAAAGAAAGCAGUGAAGCUGCCUUGAAUCUUGCCUACAUCCUAAUCCCCGGCAUCCCGCUUCUCCUCCUCCUUGUGGUCAGCACAGGUGUAUGUUGGGUUUGGAUCUGUAGAAGGAGGAAACGGGAGCAGCGGGAACCCAGCCCCAAGGAGCAGCGCCCCACCUGGCCCGCCCCUCCCCACGGGGACAGCCGGGACCUAGAGGUUUACGAGGUGAUUCGGAAACAGAGCGAAGCCGAUCUAGCCGAACCCCGGCCGGACCUGAAGAACUUUUCAUUCCGAGCGCGCUCGGGAGAGGCCACUCCCGAUGCGGACGCUGUGUCUUGUGACUAUGACAACGUGGCUGUGAACCCCUCCGAAAGCGGGUUCGUGACGCUGGGGAGCCUGGAAAGCGGCUUUGUGACCAACGACCUUUACGAGUGCUCCCCGGACCGAGCCGGGAGGAGCAAGGAGGCCGGGUGGGUGGAGAAUGAGAUAUAUGGUUAUUAGGAUGCAGGGACAAAACUGGCAAAGAAGAGGGAAGCAAACGUGUCCCGUUUCCUAGAAGAAGAAAAACAGGUCUAUGAAAGGGCUCAGAGCAGGUCCUGGACGCCAGCGUGAGAUCCCCGCGGCCCCUGGUGGAGCCCCAUUCUGGGCUGUAUUCCUUCGCCCGGCCCCUCACCCAGCCGGAACUUCCAAGAAAGCGCCUUGCCCAGAGUCUAGCGCAGAGCAGAAAAUAAAUACUUGGUUGUUAUAA